CAAGUGUCUAACCCUAAGCUUAAGCCUACCUUUGCUUCCUGAACCUGUUUCGCAUCCUCACACACCGACACCUACCUCCAAGGCACUCUUUGUCCGCAACACUCUCAGAAGGAGAGCCUUGUUGUUGAGAGAAGGCGCAGUUUUCGAGACGAGAGAGGAGAUCCUCAGUCCUGACCUCGAUCAAACGGAGAGAUACGGAAAUCUGUGAGGCCAGCGGUGUGAUUACAAAGAAAACAACGACCUCAUCCAACACGCCUCUGCGUCGUCCAUUCCGUGCCCCUGAUUGGUGUACUUUCGCCCCCCGUCGUCUGUGACCAUGACGAAAAAGAAAGCGGACGCCAAACUGUCUUCAAGGAUGCAUACUCGGAGCAAGAGCUUGGCCGCCAGUGCCACUACUACCAGUAGUAAGAAAGAUAUCCCCAAAGCCAAAGGCAAGCGGAACAAGUCACCGGAUGAUUAUUCGACGUCACCCAUCAAGAAUCCUACCAAGCGCAGUUGUCCGUCACCGAGCAUCAAAACAGCCGCCAAGCAAGCAAAAACCGCGACGAGCAACAACGUCAACAAAGCAGGACCGCCGUUUCCAUUGUAUCGAGAUGUCAGCAAAGCCACGGUUGCCGAAGGCAUAGAUUCCAUCGUGAAUUUACUGAGAGGCCGCAAGAAUAUUGUAGUGCUGAAUGGGGCAGGAAUUAGUGUCAGCUGUGGAAUUCCCGAUUUUCGAUCUCGAGGAAGUGGGCUCUACUCGACAUUGGACCCAGAGGAUAUUGGCCUCUCCUGCCCUGAAGAGCUCUUUGAUUGGGAAGUCUUUCGAGAAGAUCCACGUCCUUUUUACAAGUUUGCUCGAAAUUUGUAUUUUCCUCUUGGUAGUGGGGAGAAUGCACAACGUGUCCGACCGAGUGACAGCCACAAGCUAUUGGCCAUGUUGGAGCAAAAGAAGAUGCUGCUGAGAGUUUACAGCCAGAACAUUGACGGACUAGAACAGGUCGCGGGUGUGUCACCAAAGAAAAUGGUCUAUGCACACGGAUCCCUUCAGUGGGCUAGCUGUCUCCGGUGCAAGACCAAAGUGACAGCCAAGGAGAUUGAGCCUGCAAUUCUGAAACGAACAGUGCCGUUUUGUCAAGAGCCAGUGCAAGGCAAAGGGGCUGGUGGAGCUGCCAACAGAGCGGCUUCGCCGCCUCAGCUUCAGCCUUCUCGAACCCGAAAGCGGCCCCGAGGAGACUCCGGAGUGAAAGUGCAGCCAUUCCAGGACGAAGGCAAUCCGUUUACGUGUGGUGGUGUCUUGAAGCCAGGAGUGACGUUCUUUGGCGAGGCGCUGAAUGAUACGGUCCGAAAAAGCCUCGAAUCCGAUCGAAAGAAAGUAGAUGCUCUUAUUGUCAUUGGCACGUCGCUUUCUGUUGCCCCGAUGUCCAAGGUGAUUGGCUACAUGCCCGCCAAUAUUCCUCGCAUCUUGAUCAACCGGACCAUUGUUCAUCCAAAGUCCAGCAAUAGCGAGACUGAGAAUUUGGGGAAACACGGGUCUGGUAGUGACGAUGCUGACAAAGACUUUCGGGAUGCCUAUGUCUUUGACGCUUACAUGUUGGGAUACUGUGAUGAUGUCACGCGCCUUCUGGCGAAGCGACUGUUUUCCGCCGAUGUCUCCGAUAUGGACGAAACAAAUAAGCAAUCAUGCGAAAUCUUGUCUCGUGUUCGGGAGCGUGCUGCUCUCAAGAACGGCGACGACGACAUCGACAAUCCAACAGCCACGGCCGGCCCUGACGAUGAAGAAGAUGAGGAACUAGAAGCGCACAAAGCAGAGGACUGGAGCUUCUGCACAGUUCCAGAGGAUCGCGUGGUGCUGUUCCCAGGAGCAGAUCCGUCCAAGGGCGGAUAUGGGGACGAUGGCGAUGAAGACGACAACAACUCGGAUGUGACCUUUCGGGAGGUCGCACAUUGCGAUGGGUGCACCAAGCGUAUCGAGGGAACCAUUCAUAAGUGUGAGGAAUGCUUUGACUAUGAUCUCUGUCAGAAAUGCUUUCCAAAGCUAAGCCGGACUCAUUACAAAGGCGAACACACGUUUGCAGCGGAACCCGCAGCAGUGGUAGAUCUAUGAGAGGAGUCGCUUUCAACAACCUGCCGACAUACCUGUUCCCGGUGCUAUGGUACUCAGCCACCUUCUGGGGUUUGCAUGAGUAGGGUUGGUGUGGCUAUCGAGUGUCGAUCAGAGACGGUGGGUAAAGUUGAGAAACUUGGGUCGCCCUUUGGAUUUAUAGCUUUACCGCUGAUGCUGUUGUUGACCAAGUGUGGCUUUUUCAUUGUAUGGCUGGCUGUCAAUGACUUGUAGCUUUGUUGUACGUCACACAAUCUACUCGUAACCCCACUAGCGGACAUAACCACAGCUCUCCAAUGCUUCGCUGGAGACAUCACUGCCUACUAUUAGGUGUCAACCUAUGAUGCUGCUCUCAAAGCAUCGGGUAUCAGGCCAUGCCCAACUCUCAGAUCGCUCCUGAUCUUUCCACCACCUUCCAACGUGAGAGUGUAAUCAAUCAAACCUGAUCCUUCUGGCACCCUCAACAUGACAAAGUGUGAUGUGUGUUCUAUACUUUUAUGACAAUGAGGAUUCUUCAGUAGCUGCCGGUACUACUAGCUACUAUGAGACGUUGCAUAGAGGUUGUACUGCCCAUGGCAGAAGAAAGAUCGGGGGAGUUUGCCUAUGAGUUGAGGCCAACUAGGACUCCACAAGGUGCAAUGUUUGGUCGUUUCCUUCCUAUCCUCUGUGAAUGAUCCACGAGAACCCGUUUCUUGGAGGACGACGAGGCCAACACGGCCUCCUUGUUGUUGUGUUUGCUCGAGCUGAUAAUAAAACUACCGUUGAGGCGCCGACUGUCAUCCUGAUCUCGCAGAGCAAUCUGGUGAGCCCUGUCGCGGGCAUACUCGCUGUACUUCUCGGCCACACCUCGCAGCAUCACGUCGUCGUCGCGAGUGUCGGCCAAGUCCACUCGUAACCGUCUUGUUUGCUUGAUGCGUCUUUGGGCCUCCAGGACAGUCCGAGCAUAGUGUCUUUGAAGGUCCUUUCUCACUUUAGAGAGGAAUAUCUCCAAGCCUCUAGUCUCGUGCUGUGAUGAUUGACAACCUUUCCGGUCUUUCUCAGAGUCAACCAACGCAUGAAUGCCCUUGCGUAUAGCUCUGAGCUCCUUGGAGGUAUACCAGCCGAAUGAUGAUCCGGAUGAUGCCGCUAGAGGAGAAGACGAUUGAUGGCUGUCUCCUUGGGCAGUGCUGCGGGGUAUCACUGCCACCAGAGGUGCUGCGAAUUGGACUCGUUUCUCCAUCUUGGCUCGGACGCCAGGAGGUAUGUGAUCCAUGGUGUUAUUGGUAUACGACCUGAUGAGCUGACCAGUAAAUGGAUGACACUGACAGCGUUCAGUUCCUGUGUCAAAAGUUGCGACGGUUGGCCCUCGCCGCGCUAAUAGAUCCUUGUCAAUUAGUCUGCUGGGACACUCACUUGCUGGGACUAUGUGUCUGACAGUGGCUUGCGGCGCUGUACCUUCUUUCAAAUGCCAAUACCAGUUCACAAAUAUAUGAUAUCCGAACAAACUUCUUGCUAAUUUGAAGAGAGACGCGACUAUGGUCUAUCAAAUUUUCCGUUGACAGCAGCGAUGCAAGGUGUUGGUGGGGUUGAAAAUUGUGUGGGUUUGUGGAGAAACGCAACAAGCAUGCAGCGUUGGAAGAUGUUGGCUGUUGUGGCCAGUCUUUGGCACUUGAAUGAGAGUGCUUUCAUCAAUGUGUCUUGCAGUUUGCAGUGUACUGGGGGCAAAUUGCCAUAACGCAGUACACUUUGCAGCUGCGCAUUCCUCUGCUUUCGACAAAUCUUUUGUAAAACCUGCUGUUUAAGAAUGACUUUCCGAAAAGACUCACUCAUAAUCCGGGCUUGCCAAAGUGCUUUCUGGCAUUCAAGGCAAGGUGGUACAGUUACGUACGUGUAGGCGUGUAGGUACCGGUACCAGUUCGUACUCCAGCUCUCAUCAAGGCUUACGUGUACAAGGAUAAAUGAUAUGUACUGUAUGGGUGUUGUCUUCAUGCAGC